AUGAACGCUGGAGCCAAACUGGAUUUUGGUAAAGCAGAAGUCUACUGGCCCCAAGAUGACGCUGCAAGUAGCCAGUACCAAGAGCUGCUUGGUCUUGAUGCAAAACCGUCAGCUCAGGACCAGAGCUUGGUCCAGCCAAUGUUUGAUGCUAAAGUCACAAUCAAUGCACAGAUAGAUGUUCUCGUCACCCCAGAAGCCAACAUGGGACUCAGAAUUGGCGGCACAAUAACUGGGGGCUCUCCUCUAGUUGAUGCGCAGCUCGUGGGCUACGUGAACACAUCUCUGUCAUUUCAAGCUUCCGCUACUGCGUCUGGAGGAGCAAACAAUGAUGCCACAUCAACCUACAGUUAUGGUGUUUACCUAUUCUACAAUCUCGGCUAUGGGGCCUUUGCCACGAUCAAAUCUUUUCCGAAUUGGGCUCUACAGCCGCGCAACGCGUACAACCCGACACCCAGGUUCACCAUCUACGAAAGUACGGGCUCCUUCAGCGGCAUCACCAGUAAUGAUAAGCGAGAAUUUUAUCAUGGCCAUGAGCCCGACCUCUACUCUCCCUCGAACCGCUCUUCAAUGUUGGCGACGAGCUACCUCUAUGACAAAAGAGGGGACUCGUCUGAUGAGGAUCCAUUUCAAAGCCAGACCCCGGACUUCUCCCAGCAACUGACCUGUCCUACGGGGGAUAGUUCCUUGAUAAGACUGCCCGACUUUCGGUUUAACUGCGGUAUUUUCGGAGACAGUCAGCUCAAUGGCAACAAUGGUCAAAUUAUCGUUCCCGGAAUCUGCUCUGGAAUCCAAAGCUUUCUCACGCGUCGAGGUUUAGCAAACAGUGACAUGGUCCUUACUUGGGACCCCAAUCGAGAAAGAAGGGUCGAUCGCGCAGCAAUCUCCUGUCCAAAAUCAUCUGAUGGUGCCUACUGUACAUCGCAACAAAGUAACCUUCAGGCACAAACGAAAGAUAAAACAAUCGCAAUAUCAUGUGACGAAUUCCCAUUCGCGUCGACAGAAGAAGGGGGCGGUUACCUCCGUACGUUGGCGUCAGGAGCUACCUCCUCUCAAAGCACCUGCGUACCUGCAUGGCAACAAACCCUACAAGGAAACUGUAACAGGAUGCUUAGCAGUAUUCAAACGAAUGUGGCAUAUUACGAAAGAGCGCAACGGGGUGACAGCGCGGUAAACUUUGUACCCUGGUCUACUUCACCUCCAAGCGAGAGAUGGUUUACCGUGGGCAGUACGUUCAAUGGCCAGUCUAUAACGUCGCAGAGAGUAGUGUCGUAUCCCAACCAGAUCCCGCAAGCAACCGGAAUUUCUGACACUGCCUACUCCGGUACUGCCGGAGCGUAUGGAGGCUACAUGUUCAGGCGGAAUUUCACCUUCGGUCUCGCCUCGCCCGUCUCCUCACAGGACGGUGCAGCCUGGGUCCCCAGCACCGGCGCUGCCGAGUCGUGGACUUUCAAAAACCGCGAGUUUCCCCCGGGGAUCGAUGGCGGAGAUGUGCAAGACAUCGCCUGCGCCAUCAACACCUUCGGGCAAGACGACAUUUACAGCUUUCCGUACAACGGACUCUGCUUCAAUGGAGGCUACCUCUCUGGACGAGGCUUCCCCACGGUCAAGAGCUUUUCCGGUUGCAUUAUAGAGUUUGCUGCUACACCCAACAACAAGAGGAGUAUUGGCCAGUUCCAUGGGUGGCAUGUCAACAGUAUCACCAUGCUAGACAAGACUAACAUCACUGCUGACGUUGUGAAGUCUUCGAUUGCCCAGUGA